GAGGCUCUUUCCCGGCAAAGCCGCGGCUGCCUGGCCACUGGGCUGCCGGGUCCCGGCCGAUCGGCGUCGCCUGCGGCUACUUUGGCGCCUUGCGCUCCUUCCCCGGCGCGCGAUGGAGGCGCUGCCUUCCCGGGACGAGAAGCGCAACCCUUUGCGCGGUGCCAACUUCUGCUCGCGGCUUUUCUUCUGGUGGCUGAAUCCUUUAUUUGUUACCGGUCAUAAAAGGAAACUAGAAGAGGAUGAUAUGUUUCAGGUACUCACCGAAGAUUCCUCUAAGGUGCUUGGGGAGGGGUUGCAGUGGUACUGGGACAGAGAAGUGCAAAAGGCAAAAAAGGAAGCGAGGGUGCCACAUUUAACAAAGGCAAUUAUACUUUGCUACUGGAAAUCUUAUCUGCUUCUAGGAUUUUUCACGCUGAUUGAGGAAACGCUCAAAUUAAUCCAGCCAAUGUUUCUGGGAAUGAUUAUUGCUUAUUUUGAAAACAGCGGCUCGGAUAUUGCCUUGAAAUACGCCUAUGCCUCCGCAGCCGCCUUGUCUGUGUGUACGCUGGUUUUGGCCAUCUCUCACCACUUGUAUUUCUAUCACGUACAACGUGCCGGCAUGAAGCUUAGAGUGGCCAUGUGCCACAUGAUUUAUCGCAAGGCACUUCGUCUGAGCAAUACAGCCAUGACAAAGACUACAACGGGCCAGAUUGUAAAUCUUCUAUCAAAUGAUGUGAAUAAAUUUGAUCAGGUGACUAUUUUUUUGCACUUCUUAUGGGCCGGACCCCUUCAAGCGAUAGCAGUAACGGCCCUUCUUUGGCUUGAAAUUGGCCCCUCGUGCCUUGCGGGAAUGGCUGUUCUACUUAUUCUGCUUCCUCUGCAAAGCUGCCUUGGGAGGCUGUUCUCAUCGCUGAGGAGCAGAACAGCAGCCUUCACAGAUAUAAGGAUCAGGACCAUGAAUGAAGUCAUCAGUGGAAUGCGAAUAAUUAAGAUGUAUGCUUGGGAAAAGUCAUUCGCUGAUCUUGUGAACAGCAUGAGAAGGAAGGAGAUCUCCAAGGUUCUCAAGAGUUCUUACCUUCGGGGAAUGAACCUGGCAUCUUUCUUCGUUGCCAGCAAAAUCACCGUAUUUAUGACGUUCAUGACUUACGUGUUGCUGGGCAAUGAGAUCUCCGCAAGUCGGGUGUUCGUUGCGGUGUCUCUCUAUAGUGCCGUGAGACUGACAGUUACUCUCUUUUUCCCAGCGGCUGUUGAGAGAGCAUCGGAAGCAAUGGUCAGCAUCCGACGAAUCAAGAACUUUUUGAUCCUUGAUGAGAUUUCUGAGGUCAGCCCACAACUCAAAACUGGCAGUGAAAAUGCACUCCUUCAUGUGCAGGAUUUGACCUGUUACUGGGACAAGGCUCUGGAAUUGCCGACGCUUCAAAACAUUUCAGUUACUGUCAGACCGGGAGAAUUACUAAUUGUGAUUGGCCCCGUAGGAGCAGGAAAAUCUUCACUCUUGAGCGCCGUCCUUGGCGAACUGUCUGCAGCCAAAGGUUUCACAGAUAUCCGAGGGAGAAUAGCGUAUGUUUCUCAGCAGCCGUGGGUGUUUUCUGGCACCGUAAGAAGUAACAUACUCUUCGGAAAAGAAUACCACAAAGAAAAAUACGAAAAGGUUCUCCGAGUUUGUGCUCUCAAGAAAGAUAUGGAGCUGCUGGAAGAUGGAGACCUGACAAUGAUAGGAGACCGAGGAGCUACACUGAGUGGGGGACAAAAAGCCAGAGUUAAUCUUGCCAGAGCUGUGUAUCAAGAUGCAGAAAUCUACCUCUUGGAUGAUCCCUUGAGUGCCGUGGAUGCAGAAGUUAGCAGGCAUUUGUUUGAAAAGUGUAUCUGUCAGGCUUUGCAUAAAAAGGUGACUAUUUUAGUGACCCACCAGUUGCAAUAUCUUCGGUCUGCAAACCAGAUCCUAAUUUUAAAGGAGGGUAAAGAAAUUGGGAAGGGCACUUACUCAGACUUCCUGAGAUCUGGAAUAGAUUUUGCUUCCUUUUUGAAAAAACCUGAAGACGAUGACCAGCUACCAGUUCCAGGAACUCCUGGCCACCGGUUAUCUAGGAUCCGAACAUUUUCUCAGUCUUCUAUGUGGUCAAUGGAAUCUUCAGUGCAGUCACAGAAAGAUGGGUCUGCAGAACCUCCCUCUAUGGAACCUGUUCUAACCGCCUUGCCAGAGGAAAGCCGUUCGGAAGGGAAAAUCGGCGUUAGCAUUUAUAAGAAGUAUUUUGCUGCUGGGACAAAUUAUUUUGUAAUUUUUAUUCUUUUGCUCCUCAACGUUUUGGCGCAGGUUGCCUAUGUGCUGCAGGACUGGUGGCUUUCUUAUUGGGCAAAUGAACAAGUAAAGCUGAAUGUUACUGUGGAGGGGAGCACUGAAAACAAUGUGACGAAAACUCUUGACCUUGGCUGGUAUUUAGGAAUAUAUGGAGGUUUAACCGUGGCUGCAAUACUCUUCACCAUAUUGAGGAGUCUCCUUAUGUUCCAAGUUUUGGUUAAUGCUGCUCAGACCUUGCACAACAAAAUGUUUGAGUCCAUUUUGAGAGCUCCAGUGCUAUUUUUUGACGUGAACCCUAUUGGAAGAAUUCUAAAUCGUUUCUCCAAAGAUAUCGGCCACCUGGAUGACUUACUUCCAUUAACGUUUCUGGACUUUGUGCAGACUUUGCUUCAGAUUUGUGGCGUGGUGGCAGUGGCAAUUGGAGUGAUUCCCUGGAUUCUCGUCCCUUUAAUUCCACUCUUCACUCUUUUUAUCUUUCUUCGACGGUAUUUCUUGGAUACAUCGAGAGAUAUUAAACGUUUGGAAUCCACAACUCGAAGCCCCGUGUUCUCUCAUUUGUCAUCAUCGCUCCAGGGACUUUGGACUAUUCGUGCUUUUAAAGCAGAGCAAAGAUUCCAAGAAUUAUUUGAUGCUCAUCAAGAUCUUCACACAGAGGCUUGGUUCUUAUUUUUGACGACUUCUCGGUGGUUUGCCGUGCGCCUGGACGCCAUCUGUGCCAUCUUUGUGGUUGUGGUUGCCUUUGCUUCUUUGCUCCUUGCUCAUACUCUAGAUGCGGGGCAGGUUGGUUUAGCUUUGUCCUACUCGAUCACGCUCAUGGGAACAUUUCAGUGGGGAGUUCGGCAAAGUGCUGAAGUCGAGAACCUGAUGAUAUCAGUAGAAAGAGUCCUGGAAUAUACAGAACUUGAUAAGGAAGCACCUUGGGAGACAAACAAGCACCCGCCACCGGAUUGGCCAAGCGAAGGUGUUGUUGUGUUUGAAAAUGUGAACUUUGCUUACACCAUAGAUGGUCCUUUGGUACUGAGACAUUUGUCUGCUGUAGUAAAGUCAAAAGAAAAGGUUGGAAUUGUGGGAAGAACAGGAGCUGGAAAGAGCUCUUUAAUAGCUGCUCUUUUCCGGUUGGCUGAGCCCCAAGGAAGAAUUUGGAUUGAUAAGUAUUUGACAUCAGAACUAGGACUUCAUGACUUGAGGAAGAAAAUUUCAAUCAUACCUCAGGAGCCAGUUUUGUUCACCGGGACCAUGAGAAAAAACUUGGAUCCUUUUGACGAAUAUAGCGACGAAGAGCUGUGGAAUUCUUUGGAAGAGGUCCAGCUCAAGGAGGCUAUAGAAGAGCUACCUGACAAACUGGAAACACAACUGGCAGAAUCUGGAUCUAAUUUUAGUGUUGGCCAGAGGCAACUGGUAUGCCUUGCCAGGGCUAUUCUGAAGAAGAAUAAAAUAUUGAUUAUUGAUGAAGCAACAGCAAAUGUGGACCCAAGGACGGACGAGCUGAUUCAAAAGACAAUCCGUGAGAUUGCCCAAUGCACCGUGUUGACCAUUGCCCACAGACUGAACACAAUCAGCGACAGUGACAGAUUAUGUGUUUUGGAUUCAGGACGUCUGAAAGAAUAUGAUGAGCCGUACAUUUUGCUACAAGAAAAGGAGAGCCUGUUUUACAAGAUGGUUCAACAAGUGGGCAAGGCUGAAGCUGCAUCCAUAAUGGAAACAGCAAAACAGGUUUAUUUUAAGAAAAAUUACCCUGAAGUUAUUCCAAACGGCCAAGCAGCCACCAACUCAUCAGCUGAUGAUUCACAAGGAUUAAUUAUUUUUGAGACUGCACUAUGAUCCCAAGCAAUUGUGGGUGUUGGAUUUUGUUUAUUUAGCAGAAUGUAAAUGCUAAUACGAUGCAAACCAAAUAUUGCUCUUAAUUGAAAAGACUGUUUUUGCACUGAAUAGCUACUUG